UGUGCAUAAUCAAAUCACAUUUUGAAAUCAAAUAAACAGAUAUAAAUUCGAAUUCAACAUAACACACAAAUAAAUCGAUAACAGAAAAAGCUAUAUAUGGAUAUGCAGGAUGUUGAAGGUGAAGCUGUUUGUCCCCUGGGCGACUGUCAUAAGCGGUUGCACCCGAGCGAUUUGUUGCGCCACCUGCUGAGCGAACACAUGCUGGAGACUCCGGGCGUCCGCUUUGGGCUGAAGCUACGCAAAGUGAGGAGCGGGGAGCGGACCUUGUUGCCGCUAGUCUACGAACAGUUGGUGGAGGGUCAGGAUCAGUGUCUCUGUGUGCUCAACUGGGCGUGCGAUGAACUAAUGCUGACCCUUCAAUCCAAUCUGCCCCAAACCCAUCGAAUGCUGAGCCAUCACUUGCCCAUCCUCGUGAUGAUCUGCAAGACAUCUUGGCGCGCACUCUUUGAGAAAGAUGAUGAUGAAGAGGACGAGAAUGAGAUCGUGGGCAAUCUGUAUGUGAUUUGGCUGGUGGCACCUGCCACAAGACGCCCCAUUUUGUGUCAACUCGGAUUCCUCAAUCGAGAAUUCAAGUGCGGACUGCGUGUGAUGCGGCAAGUGCGCAACCUUGCCACUCGGUUGCACAUUAAUAAGUAUCUGCUGGGCGUCGAUCACGACUAUCUAACGCUCAGCGAGCAGCAACUGAAGCAGAUGUGCUGUCGCAAUGAAUGCGGUUGCUUUCUUGAGGUGCUCAUUCUGGGUGACAUCAACUGAACUCAACUCAACUCAGCUGAAACUCAAAGGCAACGCAAACUUUUCGCUCAUAUUUGAAUAUUUGUAAAUUUAUGCAAAUGAAAUUUGAUUAUAAAACAAGAAAGAA